AUGGAGCCCUCACUUCCAUCCAGCUCCAAGGCGACGAAGAAGGGUGGAUACCAGCCCUCUGAUCCGCCCCUCAACGACGCUGGGUAUGAGCCUGACGCCGACGAUUCGCCCAAUGAAGAAGCCGAAGUGGAGGUUAUCAUCAACGAAUCCGAUCUGAACAUGCCUUCCAACCGUCAGCGUCCUCCGCCCAGGAGAGAGGCCGACAUGAGCUCCAUCAUCAACAUGGCCCAGAGGGCCGAGCUCAGCACCCUUGUCGAGGCCAUCAUGGAGAAGAUCAACACCCAAGUCCAGAAGCCUUUCACAUUCCUCGGUCACCCUCUCGCUCAGAAGAACCGUGUUCAGGUCUGGGACUACGGCCCCAUCAUAGAGGCUGCCCUGGCUUCUGUCGAUCCUACCGCUGAGUCUCCAGCCAACGGCGUCGUGAUUUAUGGAUACUGCAAGCCUGGCAGGUCAGUCCAGGAGCAAGACGAUGCCGGAGUCACCUCAGUUCCAGGUGAGACCGAAGCAAACCCAGACCCUGACCAAGCCAAAGCCCAAGACGCAGGCAAUACCGAUGAUGGUGCUGAUGAUGAUGGCAAAGUCCCUUCCAUUAUCAUCCCCGAAAUCAGUGCCGACAGCGUCGAGGCCGCGGUUCCGUCUAUGUCUGAGCUGCAGAAGGAUGUUAGCUCCUACUUUGGCAAGUGGAAGACCGCUUUCCAGAAACGAUUCAAUGACUUUGUCGUGCCCAAGUUCCCCAACUCCAAUGCCGGACCAUCCGGGCAGGGCCAGGGCACUCCCCGUGGAGGUGCAGUCGGAGCUGGUUCUUCGGGUAGGACCCAACAGCCACAACAAGCGGUCAGAGGCAUUGCUUAUCAGGCCGACUUGAAUCUGAUACGACGUUUCCCGCCAGCUCAGACGUCCCUGACUACUCUAUCCGUCGACAAGAGACGCCUGCUGCUCCACUCCAUCAUGCUCAUGUUGCUGUCCACAGAGCACUACAUCGCAUACUCCCGCAUAUUCAUGAUGCAUCUCGCAUCCUCACUGCACAUUCCCAUGUACGCCUUCAUUGAGGACGAGAACCGAGUCGCCCGAAGUCUUGGCAAGAUAUACAAGACCCUGUGCGACGAGUCCGAGAAGUGCGAGGCCGAGGAACAGAGGAAGCUCGAGGAGCUCAAGAAGGCAAACGAGUGCAAGAAGCCGGAUGCUGUCGAGCAUACCGACACCACGGAUGCUGAGGACACCAAGGUGGUCCAGGAGACCAAGCAGGUCCAAGGAACCAGGCCGGUCAAGGACAACAAGCCCCUCAGGAAGUAUCGCCCGAUCACGAACCCGGCCCAGGCCGGCACCACCCUUCUUGCAGCUGGCCUCGGCAUGGUGCCUGCUGGACAGGGCCUUCCAGCAGUCAGCCUCCCGCCUGUCACGGUGGCCAACCUGCUCGGUUCUUUGAGUGAUAAUGAGAGCGCGCUUGCCACGUUUUUCGGAGUUAACCCCAACCGGCCGUCCACCAAGUCCAUCGACAGCUUCGCUCUCACACUCCAAGACAUUGGUUUCAUCCCGCUGCACAGUCCCAAGGAAUCUGGCUUUCAGAACCAGAAAGAUGUUGCGCCCGAGGACCGGCGAAUGCGUCUUGUCUUAUGCGUCAACGGCCUGCUCACACCCAAUGACGAUGUUUGCAGCCCUUGGAAGCGACUCGGAUCUCAGAACGAGAUUUAUGCUGUUCGCUGGGAGACCGAAACUCUUCAGAAGAUCGGCAGCGCCUUUGAAACUUUGCUCAAGAGUAAGGCCUGGGCUGAGUGCCAAAAGGACCUCAAUCGCACACCCAGACAUCUCCACGGAGAGCGAGGACUGAGUCUCAUCGGAUACGGUGUUGGCGCUCGCGCGAUCUACUUGACCCUGACGUACUUGGCCGAGAGGAAGCUAUACGGCCUGGUUGACUCUGUCAUCUUGAUGGGUGCACCAAUUCCUGGGGAUACUGGUACAUGGACUGCCCUGAAGAGCGUUGUGACGGGCCGCUUUGUCAACGUCUUUGCUAAGAACGACUACAUGCUGGCAUUCGCAUCGAGAAGUGGACCCAGCUACUUCGGUAUGGCCGGCCUGGGCUGCAUCGAGGGUGUGGGAGGCGUUGAGAAUCACGAUGUGUCCGAUAUCCUGGAUGCUCAUGUGCAGUAUCCAUCCCUCGUCGGCGACAUAUUACAACGAAUAGGUUGGGAUGAGCUUGAGAUCACAGCUCCCCCUCCGUCAAACCCGGUCGGACAGUCCUCAACUGCUGUGCUGAAAGCCCCUGUUGCUGCGGGCAACCGACCCGGCCAGGUCCAGCACACUCAGGGCCAGGGCCGUGGGCGCGGACGCGGGCAAAUUCCUGGGCAUUUUGAGAACAAGGAGAACACCCAGCCACAGGGUCGUGGUGGCAGGAAUGGUCGCAACAACAGCGAUAGACGCCUCGCUGGGCAGCUGGGAAAGAUGAGCCUUAAGUAG